AUGAAACCAAUUAAAAGAGGAUAUAAACUGUGGUGCAUAGCUGACCAAAAAGGUUAUAUAAUGAAUUUUAAAGUUUAUCAAGGCAAAGAAGAAUUAGUGAAUUCUAGUUUUGAAAAAUAUGGACUUGGGGAACGUGUUGUACUAGAACUCACAGAACAUUUGUGGAAUCAAAACCGAGAGGUUUAUUUUGAUAAUUAUUUUUCAUCUACAUUGUUUAUUCAAAAGCUGAAAAUUGAAAAAACACUGGGCUGUGGAACAAUUUGUAUAAAUCGAAAAGGGAUACCACUAAAUAUGACAUCUGAUAAAACACUAAAUCGAGGUGACCACAAUUCAAAAUAUUUGUCAGAUGGAACUGCAUUUUUCAAGUGGAAGGACAGUAAGCCGGUACAUAUCAUUUCAAACUUCCAUGGAUCUGAAACGACAACUGUUCCAAGGAAAGAAAGAAAUGGCACAUCACAUCCAUUUUAA